AUGAUGUACUAUUUCUUGAAGAACCCAGUUUCUUUCAUGAUAUAUGAUACCAAAACUCGUGCGGCCGCCAGCGUCUCGGUGGACAAGGAGCGGCAGUUCUCCAAGCGGCCCGGCGAGUGCGGAUGCAUGAUAGAAACAUUAUUCUGCUCUGGCUGCUCAAUGGCGCUCGGCAGCAUCUACAGAUGCACCCCAAAGCAUCUUGACUACAAGAGAGACUUGUUCUGUUUCAAUGUCAACUCAAUUGAAAGUUACAUUCUAGGGUCCUCGGAAAAGCAAGCUAUUACUGAUGAGGAGCCGUUAACUCUUGAAAAUCGAGCUGUCUUGGAAGAGAUGCUACAAAAGGCGGAUACUGUAUUAAAGGCACUGGACACAAAAGUGACUGCUCUUGAAUUGAGGAUGGCUUCUUUUCACAGAAAAGUGUGA